GCUGCUCACUGUUCACUGCUCACGGAAACGCUGGUACGGUGGACAGGCUCGCCUGCUCAGGAGCCUCUAAUCCGACGAUCUGGGUCGUGCAAUUCCACUGGCGCGGACUCCAUUCUGGAUACUCCGUCGGUGGUUGAUUUAAAGACGAAUGGACCUGCGCCACCCGGGGACCCCAGAAGCCAUAUCGAGCUGCGUACAUCCCCUGCGUCAUCGCAUCGGCAGAGUUUAUUCUCCGUCCUUGAACAGUAAAGACGCAAGACAUAGUUGAGCCGGCAUGGCAGCCAAGUCCGUUUUCGACACGCCGUACGAUGAGCUUCCCAACCCCAGGCAGGUGUGGAUGGGACAGCCUGGAAGCCGCGAGGAGGGACUGGGAAAGCUGGCCCUCCUCACCCCAGAGGUCGUCUCAAAGGCUGCGGCCUCUGAGAUUCGCACUGGUCGGCGAGUCACGAUGGGCUGGGAGAUGACCAAACUGGACUAUCCCAAUCUCAACCGCCAGCCGUGCCAGCAUCAAAUCGUCCCACUGCUGGGCGGCAUAGCCUUUGACGACAUCUACCACAUGAAUCCUCAGCAGAGUAGCCAAUGGGACGGACUUCGCCAUUUCUCCCAGACGGUCCCUGGCCAGAGCGAGCGUCUCUUCUACGGAGGCACAACCAGUGAGGAAAUCAACGAUCGAACGAAUGACCGAAUUGGUCUGCAGCACUGGGCCAAGGAGGGCAUCGCAGGCCGCGGGGUGUUAAUCGACUACGCCUCUUGGGCGGAAAAGAGAGGGAUCAAGUACAGCACCUUCUCGACUCAUCAGGUCCGUCUGUCGGACAUCCAGCAGAUCGCCAAAGAGUGCGAUAUCACAUUCCAAAAGGGCGAUAUCCUACUGGUGCGCGUUGGAGUGACCAAGGAAUGGGACACCGUCAUGACAGACGCUCAGAAGCAAGAUUACUCCGACAACAGCAGCCCGUCGCACGCCGGCGUGGAAGCGACUCCGGACAUGCUACGGUGGCUGUGGGAUACAGGGUUCUGUGCGAUCGCCGGUGACGCGAUCAGCUGGGAGGUUUACCCGCCUCAGUCGGAGUUCUUCCUGCAUGAAUAUGUCCUGGCCGGCUGGGGAAUGCCGAUUGGCGAGCUGUUUGAUCUCGAAGCCCUUGCGCAGAUGUGCACUGAACACAACCGUUGGAGCUUCUUUGUAGCGUCGAUCCCACUGAACAUGCCAGGGGGGGUCUCAUCGCCGCCGAAUAUAAUGGCCAUCUUUUGAGCGUCUGUGGCGUCUCAUGCCAGGGAUGAGAUCACCAUUUACUCCGAUUGGCAGGGAUUGUCGAGGGCAGACAUAUCAAAUGCGAUCUGUUAGACAUAUAAUAAAUGCAGCGAUUCAUGACUCG